UUAGAAUAUUUUUUGAGCGUGUGGGUAGUUGGUUAAACUUAGAAAUAUCUUUUUUGUGCGUGGGUAGUUGGCCAAGACGCCGUGGGGUAGAAUGCAGCAAGCUCCGAGGAUCAUCCAGGGUAUGCAGGCCUGGAGAGCACACAUGUGUCGGCCCCACCUCUGCAAACUCUGUCCCUCCCCUGCAGCGGACAAAAAGCCAGUCCGUGGGACAAGGACCGCGGCCGCGCCUGCGCAGAGCGCGCAAGGACUUCCGGGGCGCUCCCGGGACUCCGGCAGGGCCCCGCCCCCUGGCGCGGUGCGGUGUCGUCACGGAGUUGCCAUGGCGUCGUUCAGCGGCCUGGCGUCGGCGCUGGAGUCGUACAGGGGCCGGGACCGCCUGGAGGAGGAUGCCUUUGUCCGCUGGGUGUCCGUCCUAGGGAACCUGGCUGACCAGCUCUACUACCCCUGUGAGCACGUUGCCUGGGCAGCUGAGACCCGGGUCCUCCACGUGGACUCUUCCCAGUGGUGGACGCUGAGCACAGCCUUAUGGGCCCUCUCUCUGCUCCUGGGGGUUGCCAGGUCCCUGUGGGUGCUGCUGAAGCUGAGACAGAGGCUGCGGAGCCCCACAGCGCCCUUCACCAGCCCACUAGCCCGGGGCAAGCGGAGGGCCAUGGAGGCGCAGAUGCAGUCGGAGAUGCUGUCGCUUCUCAGCAACCUGGCUGACCUGGCGAACGCCGUGCACUGGCUGCCCCGGGGUGUGCUGUGGGCCGGCCGCUUCCCGCUGUGGCUGGUGGGCCUCUUGGGCACCAUCUCCUCACUCCUCAGCAUAUACCAGGCGGUCCGGGCUGGUGGCCAGGCCGAGCUGCCACCCCCUGACACUGCCUGAAGAGCACAGGGGACACAGCUAGAGCCCAUGGAGGGCCCCUUUCUGCAAAGCAGAAGACGCCGGGACGGGCUAGGGCUGUACGGCUGCCUGUGGCGAAACCCAUAGGCAAGGUGGGAGGAAGGACUGAUUCAAGGUCCCCCCCAGGGCUACCGAGCCGGACAGUUUUCAGCCACGGAAGCCUUCAGCAGCACCUCCCACUCACCAGCUGGAGUCUUAUAUCCAAAUAAAGGCGAACCAGAGGAAGCCCGUCUUGCCUUGGAAA